AUGGACGCAUUCGUCUCGAGAAAACGUCGAAGACUGUCUCUGGCUGAAAAAGCUGGCGUUGGUCCAUCCGAGGCAUCUUCGGUUCCUGAGAACCAGGUCGAGGAGUCGACCGACAUUAAGCUCGCCAUUUUGAUAUCACUUUACCCAGAGCUCGAGCAAGAUGAUAUUCUGGACGUUCUUGUGUCCUGUGAGGGCUCUGUAGAUGCGGCAUCGGUGCUGCUGUCCUCCCAAGGACCUACAGCAAAAGCAGUGACUCCUAAGAAACGCGCGGUACCAAACUCUUCAGUCGGCAUUCAAACAUCGUUGUCGUCGCACAUUCUGAAGAAAGGCAAAGAUGGAUCUCUCAUAUCCGUCAGUGAAAGCAUGUCUGGCCGAAAAUCUCACUCUACCAAGAAAGGCCAAACCUUGCAUCUCUACGCCCCCGAGGAUGUAGCAGCCUACACACCUUGCACGAUUAUUCACAACUUCCUUCCUCCCGAAGAGGCCAACGAGCUCCUUAAAGAACUGCUUGAUGAAGCGGACCAUUUUUCAAGAUACGAGUUUCAACUUUUCAGUCGAACAGUACAGAGUCCCCACACCGCAUGUGUAUACGUUUCGACGCCUGAGGAAUACAGGCAACAGACCUCCGAAUACACGUACGGCGGUACCUACCGAGCAAACGUGCGGGAAGCAACGCCGCAUUUACGAACGGUAUCACGGAAGGUCCAGGGCAAGGUGAAUGAAGAGAUUCAACAGCGUAUCCGCGAGAUCUACCCUGACGGAAAGAAACUCAAAUACCAAUCACCAAAGCAGUGGCGACCAAACGCAGCCUUCGUCAACUGCUACAAUGGACCGGCUGAGAGCGUAGGAUACCACGCAGACGAACUGACUUAUCUCGGUCCACACCCUGUGAUAGGUAGUCUCAGCCUAGGCGUGGAACGGGAAUUCCGAGUACGUCGGAUUGUCGCCCGGGAUGACGAGGCAGAUGCAGACGAAGCGGCAGAUGAUAGCGGCAAAGAGAGCCCAUCAUCGAAGACCAAAGACCAGAAGGCCACGGCCCGUGCAGAUGCACAAGGACAGAUCUCCAUCCACUUGCCCCACAACUCGCUCCUGGUCAUGCAUGCAGAGAUGCAGGAAGAAUGGAAGCAUGCCAUCACCCCUGCACAAACAGUCUCUCCACAUUCAAUCGCAGGCAAUAGGCGCAUCAAUGUCACCUACCGUUGGUAUCGCGACACUCUGCAUCCUCGAUACAUCCCCCGGUGCCGAUGUGGCAAGCAGGCGAUUCUUCGGUGCUCACAGCGCAAGCAGGAGACUCGGGGUCGAUACAUGUGGAUGUGCUAUGCGGGGUUUGCACCAGGUAAACAGGGGUGCACCUUCUUCCAGUGGGCCGAAUUCAAUGAUGACGGCGAUCCGGUGUGGGAUCGGCAGCUCGCCGAGAACGCCAAAGAUACGGCACCGACCUUAGCCAAUUUUUCAGCGUCGCAAUAG